GCAAAACCGAACACAGCAAAAGGAAACGAUCGAUAACAAAUUUUGUUUUCACCUAUUUUGAAUUCGAUUCAUCGGAAAUAUAGUAAUUUUAUAGCGAGUAAUUUAUUAUUAAAUUACUUUAAAAGUGUCGUUGAACAAAUGAUGUUAAUUACGAAUAAAUCAUAUUCAGAUUUGAAGGAUUCUUUGAUGAAAACAAUUUGGAAUUUAUACGAAUUUCAUUAUAUGGACGUAUUCAUGAUGAUGGUUUCUGAUACAUAUGGUACAACAUUCCUCGGCACUGGAAAACUCCAGCAGCUGAUGUCUUUGAUGAGUUCGAUGGUUAGUAAUCGUCUCCACGAUAACGAUUUCUUGACCAAUAUUUCGGCUGAAAUUGUCUGCAACGAGUUUCGUUUCACCGAACAUGAAAAAGAUGUUGAUUUCAUUACUGAAAUUGCAAAGACAAUGAUUUCUUCCACUAACAGUCACGUGCUUGUGAUUGUUGCCAAUUCGGAAGGUAGAAAAUUCAUAUUUUCUACCGAACACUUGAAACCCUACAUUACCUCACCGGUAACGAAUAACUUUAUCCAGAAAUGGAUUGGAAACCCGUUGUACGAAUCCGACACUGACGUUGAUAAAUAGCAUUUAAUUUCUCAGCAGCUUUUGCUAAAGCUUUGCAUCAUAUAUUCGCAUAAAAAUUCAGCCUUAUGACAAAGGUAGAAAUAGGUACUCUCCCAUGUGAUAUGCUGUUUACAGUGUCGUGUUGUGUUUUUCCUUUUUCUUUUUCCUUUUGAUUUUCCUUUUGAUUUUUUUUCCUUCGUUUACCUACCAAUAUUUUUUAGUAUGUUUUUUCCAAGUUAAAAUGUGUUUUCUUCGAGUUCGGUAUAACGUAAUCGCGCUUGUUCUCGUAAAACACUUCAAUGUCGUCUAAUACGAGUAGGUGAAUUCCAUCGACGAAUAUAUUUCCAUUUUCCACUAUUUUUUAUGUCCAAAUUAAUAUUUUUUUAGCCGGGAUGUAUACUUAGAAAUGUAUGUUGAAGGGUUUAUCGAAGAUGGCUCUAAAGCCAUCCUUCGUCUCGAGCAUUUAAAAGUAUUUUCUAGUCGUUUUUUUUCUUAUUAAUCGUUUAUUUUUUAAUUGAAACGUCUUUUGAAGCCGUUUUAAUAGCUAAUAUAAAAACAGCGUGUUUUUUCACCUUUUGAUUUGAUUGUUAAAGUUGUCGAGAAGGUUUGAACUCAACUUUUCUUUUUUUGGUUCUUAAUGUUUCUGUAUCAGAUUUUCGAACAUCACUUUUUGGUUACCGAAGGCAGAUAUUUUGAAUGCGUAUCAAUUUAAGACAGAAAGAAAUGCUAGGUACUUUAAUUUAAGUAGAUAUUUUUUGGGCAAUGAAAUAUGGGCGAAGGGAUGUUACAAAAAAUUACGAUGAACAUGAAAUUGUAGUUCAAAGAAAUUUUUUCAGAAUUAUUCAACUUAAGUACUGAAAUAUUCGUGUUUUUUUUUCAAGUUAUAAAAGAUAUUUCAGAUUUUUCCCUUAUUUGCAGAUUGUAUAAAUGGUUUAAUUUUACAGGUUUGGUUUUUUGUUGAAGGGGAGUGGGGGGAAUCAAACUCAAACUUCAUUUAAAAAUUUGUGAUCCAUUGAUGAAACUGAGAAAUUGUUCCUAUCGAUUUCUGGAUCUAAAUUUUAAAAAAAUAGUUUUUUCGUCUCAAAUUAUGGAUUGUUCAGAAUACGAAUUCCUAGAAAUGAAUUUUUAACGUGGACUUUGAAUUAUUUAGUAAAAUAUCUUGAUAAAAAUAUUUCUGUCGUCUCAUAAAUUGCCUCAGCAAUUUUUAAAUUCAGAAUCCAUUUCAUAAAUUCAUUAGAUAGAAUCUUUGAAAAUAUGAAAUUUCAAUUGUUGAAAACCUAUGAUUGAAAAUUAGAUGGUUUUUUGGGGGUGGGGGGAAGGGAGAAGGAAUUGCAAAAUGAAAGUGAAAAAUUUAAAUUCAAGAAUUUUGGUUCAUGGAAUGGAAAAACGUUGGCCCGUGUUGAUUUUUAUGAAAUAUCUAUAUUCUCCAAUUUUUAAAAAACUUAUUUUUCAAAAAAUCUUGCUGUAUUGUAGAUGAAUAUUUAUUUUUGCUUAGUGGAGGAGCAGGAGGAAGAGGCGAUAUAAAGUGAAUAAUCUAUGAUCUAUUUUGAAAAAUUCAAUUUCAGUGUUAAUUUUUUUUAUUUACAAAAAAUCUUGGUUAGCAGUUAUCAAUAAUCUCAGUAUCAUGAUCUCACUGCUCUGAUGUUUUUCUAGGUAAACUUGUGGUGAAGGGGAGGGGAGGUUGAAAUGUACGAUUUUCCAAUCUUGGAGGAGAAAAAAGCGGUUUUCGUUCAUUUUAAAAUCAUGAUUUCAGAAAAAUAUUUGGACUAAAUAUAAAUUUGUCUCUUGUUCAGGGAAUAUUAUUUUUGUAUUUAUUUUUGAUUUGUUUUCUGAAACAGUUUUUCAAUAUUUUUAUAAUUGUGAUUUUGGGCGUUAAAUUUACAGUUUGAAAGUUUGUCUUUCUUAGAGUAAAAAAACAUUGGUGUCAAUUUUUUUUUCAAUCAGUCGAUAUUUUGUGGGUAUUUAGUUACAUUUAUUUUUCCCUUAAUUUUCGUUAAUCUUCGAGAGGGAAGAGCAAGAGGAGAGGAGGGGAGGUAGUGGAGCUGAAAAGAAAUUGAAAUUCGAAAAUCUGUUCAUCUUUAAACAAAAAAAUUUCAGGGUGAACUUUCAAAAAAAAAAAAGUUACCUGCAUUUUUUUUUCUCUUUUGAGAGCUGAAGCCGUAUUUUCUUCUUUAUUUGUGAAAUCACAACUCCAUUUUGCAUUUUGAAUUACAUAAUUAUUAACCGUGAAUUCGACAUUAAAACUUUAUUUUGCUGUCUUGAAAUAUCCUAUUUUAAUCAUUUUAAAAUUCUUUCAAGAAGUAUUAAAAUGUUUCAUGUAAUUUUGUUCGAUUUUAAAAUAUCUGCCUCCUCUAACUAAACAAUUUCAUUACACAACUUUCAAUUUAAAAAAACUUUUUCGCGAAAAUCUCUGGAGCAAUUCAAAAAAAAUAAUUAAUUUUCACCUUAGCCACGAAAUCUAUACUAAUUUUUCUUUAUAAUUUUAUACGUAUAAUUUGUACGCGUUGAUUUUGAGUUGCUUUCUUUUUACGUAUGAUAAUAAUGUUUUUGAUAUUUUUAUUUUUCAACACGUUGGAUGUCUAGUAGCAUUUGGAACGGGUUCGCGUUUAAGUUAAUAUUUUUCUGAUCUCUCCUUGAAAUAAUAAUUUUUAAUUUUGUUGUAAAAAAGAAUUUAAUUUUAUAAUUUUUUUCCUUUAUUUUUUAAUUUUAAUUAUGUUUUUUUUGUCGUGUGAUGUACCUAUUUCUUUGCACAGCUUGCUUUAAAUAAUUUUUUAAAAAAUGUUACGUUAGAACGUGUAUAAUUUAUUUACAUAUGUAUUAAGUUGUAGUAGUUACAUUAGUAGCUAACAGUGGAGUAGUUUUAGCUCACAUAUCGGUUCCAGCGGAACGAUAUUCAAAAUUGUGAAUUCGAUUAUGAAAACUUCGCGGAUCAUUUAUUAGCGCCAAGAUCAGAAAAAUGAAGCUAGUAAUCUUACGGCUUUUGAAGAUGCGUUUAUUAUUUACCGAAAGGCUAUAAUACGUUGUAAGUUUAUCACGAUUACGUUUGAAAAAUGAUUUGUCGAACUUAUUACCGAGAAGUUGGUCAUAUUUCCUAAUAUAUUUUUCUUAGUUUUA